AUGUCUUUCCGAGCUCCUCUCCGACGCAUUGCCUUCGCCAGGCCCUCCGCCCCCAUCUCCGUGGCUGCUCGCAGCUUCCACUCUACCCCUCGAGCUUCGGUCCGUGUCGGCCAAGAAAUCCCGGACCUUGAUGUUCUCCUCGAAGAUUCCCCCGGAAACAAAGUCAAUCUCGCCGAGGAGUUUAAGACGUCCAAUGGAUACAUCGUUGGCGUCCCUGCGGCUUUCUCUGGUACAUGCUCCAGCAAGCACGUCCCCUCAUACAUCAACCAUCCCAAGCUCAAGCAGGCUGGACAAGUCUUUGUCGUCUCCGUCAAUGACCCUUUUGUCAUGAAGGCAUGGAGCGAGCAGCUCGACCCCGCCAAGCAGACCGGAAUCCGGUUCCUUGGUGACCCAACCGGCGAGUUUACCAAGGCCCUGGACCUCGGUUUUGAGGCUUACGCUGUUUUCGGCGGUAUGCGCGGUAAGCGAUAUGCUCUCAAGGUGGAGGAUGGCAAGGUCACCAAGACAUACGUUGAGCCUGACAACACUGGUAGCGCUGUCUCCAUGGCCGAGCAGGUUCUCGAAUAA